AUGGCUGACACGAGCUUCGAGUCUGCUACUGCCCCCAGAUACAUCAUUCCCCCUUAUCGUGGCCACGAGUCCUCUGGCAAUACACUGACGACGCCCACAAAGGCUGGUAGAAAUGGGACUACCAAGGGGGAAAGCUCCAUCGGGACAAACACAAAUACCUCGAGCGUUGUCGACAACCCCCGCUAUGCUGUCCCAGACUCCUUCAAACAGGAAACUCUGAUCUCUCAGUUCAAGAAAGAGUUGCCACACAGUCUCAAGAUGAUCGACACCGACUACCACCUCAAUUUCUUCCGGGCAGAGCUUGUAAAUCAGCUUGGCCAGAUGAACACUCAAGUCUCGCGUAAGCCCUCGAGCAAGCCAGAGUAUGUCUUCGAUACUGGUGCUUCCAUCGCCUUCAUCACCGCCCUGGCAAUCACCAUCGAGCGACUCGAGAAGCCGCACGCCGGUGUCAACAGUUCUGUUCGCAAUACGCAACUCGAGAGGCUUCUGGAGUUCUUGGACGAAGACUACGCUGCGACCACAGGCAGUGAUACCAGACACCACGAAGCUUUAAAAAAGUAUCCUGACAUUCGAACUACAAUUCUUUGGGCGCUCGAAACUCUUCGCGGACGAGUACAUAAGCUGAAGAAACCUACUCUUGCCACAACUCCCGUCUCUAAGGAUAGAACCACCACGAAGUGGCUGUUCUUCUGCGCCAUGGUGAGCCUGUUGGUAGCAAUGCUGUACUGGACUUGGCAGGGGUUGUAG